UCUCUAGUAGUAUUAAACAAGUGUGGAGCUAUAAGCUGUGAAGUGUGCCUGACAUACGAUUUACCUUUUUUAAACACUUAACGCCAAUCUACAUAUGAGUAAAAGGAUAACACCAAUCAAGCGCAUCCUGGAAUUGCACUGCAGAUCAAACGGUGGACGGCUUUUCUCACAUUUUGUCACAUUCAAAUACUAAAGAAAGACCUAACUUGAUGGAAUAACGCGUUUUGAAUCGAAAAUAUGGCAAAGAUAUUAUUACAUCUGGUGCAUUUGUUAUUAUUUUUAAAUUCCAGUAUUGGGGAAGUUUCAUCCGUGGAGCCAUCCGACAUGACGCAGCACGGCAGCAAUAUCGAACAGGCUACGGAUCACUCCUCCGCGCGCGAAACCGCAUCGCGGGACAUGGUCUCAAUCAAUAUGUUCAAACUCUAUGAAAAGUACAGUAAGGAGCCUCAUCGUUAUCGAGACGGAAAUACCGUGAGAAGUUUUAAAUCUAUUCCAAGAGUCUCCGCGAACAGCGUGUGGUUCCAUUUCAACCUGUCGACCAUCCAAGAGUCGGAGGUCAUCCUGUCCGCCACAUUCUACUUCCUGGACCAGCGUCCCCGCCACCGGCCCUGGAUCUGCCGGCGCUCCCGAAACGCUUCCUGUCGCCUCCAGCAUCUUCCCCCGUCCCAGCUCCUCUUCAGAGGAACGUCCCCGAACUCUGCCUUUGCCUCCCCGCUGGGCAACGUCACCCUGCCCCCUCCCAAGAGAGGGUCCUGGCAGACAAGGGAAGUCUCCGGUGUAGUCAAAGAGGCCCACGUCCUGGGAGAGCUCCUCAUCUCUGCAGAGUUUGACUUUGGGGUGAGGCCCCAGAGGAACCAGGAGCGCCUCUCUCCAGCCAGCCUACCAUACGUCCUGGUGUAUGCCAACGACAUGUCCAUAUCUGAGCCCAACAGCGUGGCCAUGACCUUGCAGAGGUACGGGCCUUUCCCUUCAGGCGAGGAGCCCACCCGGUCCCCCAAUGCAUCUCCUCCAGCCUCCAGGCUGAAAAGAGAAGCAGUGUCCCCCCUGGACCAAAUACAGAACAAUGACCUGCCUGAAGUCCAGUUUCACACCCUGAAGAACCAUGAACUAUGGGAGAGCACUUAUUUUGCUCCCAAGAUUAAGCCCUCAAUGAAACAUGGGCGAAAGCAAGGCCAGGACAGCAGUGACGGCUUGAAUAAGCCCCAGGUGCUGAGCUUUGAUGAGAGGACCAUGAAAAAGGCUCGCAGGAGACAGUGGAGUGAGCCCAGGGUCUGCGCCCGACGCUACCUGAGAGUGGACUUUGCAGACAUCGGCUGGAGCGAGUGGGUGUUAGCCCCGAAAGCCUUUGAUGCCUACUACUGUGCAGGCACCUGCAGAUUUCCUAUUCCAAAGGUUCUCCGGCCCUCGAACCACGCCACCAUCCAGAGCAUUGUGAGGGCGGUGGGAAUCGUUCCCGGCAUUCCGGAGCCCUGCUGUGUUCCGGACAGGAUGAGCUCUCUGAGUGUUCUCUUCCUGGACCCCAGCCGGAACAUGGUGCUGAAGGUUUACCCCAACAUGUCUGUGGAGACCUGUGGCUGCCGGUAGAACCACCCGGGAAAGAGCCUCAAUGCAUAAAUGCAUAAAAAAGAUGACAAUGAAUCAGACAGAGUGGAGCAGGAGAGACAUUCAGUCAAUAGAGUACAAAAAGAAAUACAUCUUUGGAUGAGACUACAAUGGAUGAACUCGCCAUGGAGGGAGAUAUGGAUUAUAGAUAAGGGUUUUACGGGUGGUGGGAUGCAGAGAACGCUAUGUCUGACCCUCCGAUGAGUGUGAUUCACACAGGAUUUCCUCUGUCAUUCAGCAGCUCGACUGUAGGUGAUUUGGGGACUGUUUGACUAACUGUCAGUUCCAAGCCUUCAGCCAUCCAGAGCUGGCUCUUGAUCUAUACCCAGACUCCAGAGUAACUCAAAUACUGGACCCUAUUGCCAUAUACUGCACUUAGACUAUUGGACUCAAGUCUUCCUACGGCACCAGACUCAGAAGCUCAACCUCUGUAAAUAAUCUUGUAACUAAUACAACUAAAUGGGACUUUUUUUGUGUAAAUAAUUGAUGGAAUCCUAAACUAUGCUUUGCCUGUCGUUUAUGUAGUGUUCACUAGGUGUUUGAAAUAAUCUGCUAAGAUAAAUGGUUAAUGCAUGAGAGAUUGUACUAUUUUAAUAAAUAAUUCCAUAUCGUUUUCUGA